AGGACCGAUUCCAUCACCGAUUCUGUUUUAAAACCCUGAGGUAAGCCCAUCGCUGCACCCUCUGCAACGCACAGCCGCACAGCCCCACUGGCGUUGCACUCCACCACUACGUCGAACACCCUGCUGCUGCCCUGCUCGCUGCGUCGCCGAAGAUAAGAUGUCACCAACGUCGGUAUUUGAUGUUUACAUAUUUCAUGUCUGAUAAGGGAUGAUUCAUCAAGGGCUCUUUCAUUCGAAGGAAGUCCAAGCCAUCAUGGGCGUUGCUGCUUUUGUUUUGGAGUACGUAAUGGGACUGUGAGUGUCAAAGUACGGAUUCCAUUUCUUGCUAUGGCUACCGGUGGAAGCUCGGUUACCUCAGACCAGAAGAAACGUACAUUGGAGGCUUUGCAGCGAAGGUUUGCUGUGGCUAAAGCAGAGGUUCUUGAACAGCAACAGAAGGACAAGAAAAAAUGUUCUCGGGGGGAAGAAGAAAAGAGGCAUGAUAUAAGGUGUUCUACUGUCUCCCCUUUGGCAUGUGAGACAGAUGCAUCCAUAGCACCUGCACCCUCUUCAGUGCCAUCUUCUGAUAAAGUGCAUUUUUCAUUCUUGGGCCACACUCCAUCACGGGGGACUCCUGGAGUUUCAGAUGCGGAAGCAAAUGGGCCUGCAUAUUCUCAGUUAUCUCAAUCUGUACAUGAGAAUUUGCUGAGUUCCAAUAUCAAGAUUUCUAGUAAAAGAGGGAGCCAAGUUGAUAGGAUUAUGCAUGAACUUCUCCAAAAUGGUGAUUCGGCACAGAAGUACAUGCAAGGAUCUAGAAGCAUGAAAAUUGAAAAUUGGCUUCUUCUUGACAAUUUAGUGCAAGGACGUGGUGUGUCAGUUGGUGCUCACAUUAGAACUUUACAGAACUGCUCGAAGCGCUCUAAAAAGCACAUGUCAAUCCGACAACAUAAACAAUGCAGGACAUUUGAGUUGCCUCAAGAGUUCCAUAAGUAAUUUUAUUGCUCAUAG